UGGGAGCAUCAGUGAAGCUAUCAAAGAUAAAAACAGAAUGAGUGUUGACGAGAACUGUUCUCUGGUCAUAAAGAACGUCACGGCUGCAGACGACAGGCGCUACGACUGUCGACAGCUCAAAUCAGGACGAGACCACCUGGUUCAUCUGUCUGUUGUUCAAGUGACUGAAUCUAUCGUCAAUGAUGAGCUGGUGUUUUCCUGCUCCGUGUCGACAUAUGGGUACGGCCACAGGGUGAAGUGUCUGUACAAGGAUCCCAACGUUGUUGUCGACAGGAGGACAUCACAAUGCUCACUGAUAGUUUCCCCUUAUCUCAAGCGGAGACCAAACUAUCGGGAGUUAUUUACAUGUGAAGUGACCGACGGUUAUUUCAAGAUCGUGGAGCGGUUUACCCUCAGCUCUCAGCCCUCAGGUGAUGAAGUGACGACAGCAACGGUAACAAGAACAACUGAGACGGACACGACAGCAUCCGAUCAGACGCCGCAACGCUGGUGGUUGUACGUUGCUGUGGCUGCAGGUUUGGCAGCGUUUUUAAUAACUACUGUGGCAGUCAUCAGACUGAAGAGAAAUAAAGGGAACAAAACACAAAUGGAGGAAAAUUCUGGACAAAGACUAAACCCUGCGGAGACUCAGUCUGGUCCAGAAACCAGUUGGGACAAGGCUGAUCCUGGAGAUGAUGUUUGCUACACCUCCGUCAUCUACAUCAAGAAGAGCAACAGGGAAGACAGGGUACGAGUCAGAGACGACAGUGAUGCAAUGACCUACAGCACCGCGAAGUCUUAUUCUUCUGCUGGAGCCUCCAGCGACGUGUACGCCGCCGUCAACAAGCCAAAAGCAAACAGGGACCACAGCAGAGUCUUUACCCGUCCUCACCUUUCAACUUAAUCCACAACACAUAGAUCUCUCUGUAAAACCAGGAGAAUCCUCAACGUAUUAUCUGAAUGAGUCAUUUCCUGGAUGCAAUGCACUGUUGUGAAAAGCUUUUUGUCCAGAAGGUGGCGUUAAAGAGUAAAACAACUGUUUACAAAAGAUUUUAAAGGUGAAUUAAGAGGCCAACACUUAUUUUGUCUGUAAAGAUAAAGAGGAGUAAUGGUGUGUGUUGUGA